CGAUAUUCGUCCAUGUGUGUAUCGAUACGCGAUGCGCGCCUCUGAGUAUUUAUAAGACUCAAUUCGCUCACACACGGACCACUCUAUGUUCGUAAUGAUACCGAGUCCUCUGAUGCCAUUGCUGAUCUGAGGUGGUGACGACAAUGAGAAUUGGUGUAGUGCUCCUCACUAUAUUGUUCAAUGCCGGUCUGAUAUGCACAGAUUCAAGUAAGGAUGAUAGCCGUAUGCCUUCACUAACUAACGAACUCGAUAUACUCGAUGAUCAUUUAUCGAACAUUAUAUUACCUACAAACUACGACAUAAAUCUGAAAAUUACUGACAAUGAUAUCUUUCAUGGGACUGUUAGUAUACGCAUCGAAAUAAGUGAACCGCGUACAACUGUAUCUUUUCACACGCAAAACCUAGUAAUAGACUAUGAAAAUAUCAUACUUAGAAAAGUCAUUGACAAUACACAAUACCAAUUAAAGGGACAUAUUAGACAUCCGUCCACACGUGUAACGUCUCUGAUAUUUCAUACGUUGUUUGAAGGAAAUUAUAUAUUAACUAUGCAGUAUACAGGCAACAUAGAAGAAAACCUGGGCUUUGUAAAAAUCAAACAUAAUAAAUGGGAUACCGGAAAUACGAUAUCGUACAUAACGGUGCUUGAACCGAACGGAGCUCGACGCGUGUUUCCAUGUUGGGACGAACCAAAGUUCAAGACAACCUUCGACAUCGCUGUCGAACAUAAGCCUGGAUAUUAUGUCUUCUCUAAUACGAAGCAACAAAUGUCUGUUCAACUUGAAAACCGAGUACUGACGAGAUUUCAAACUACAUACUACAUGCCUGCUUAUCUCGUCACAAUCGGUAUUCUUCAUUCUGUGUACGGAUACACAACAGAUGACAAAAUAUGGUUUAGCAAACAAUUGACCCAAGAAUCUAGCAAUCGCCUACGACAAAUCGUUAUACAGACUGAUGAAUAUUUAAUGAACUAUACGGAUAACUUCUGGAGGAAUUUAACAACUAAUGUCAUCGCAUUUCCGGAACUACCUAGUAAAAUUAUAGGAGGUUGGCAAUGUGCAGUUUUCAGAGACAGUGACAUCGUAGACAAGCCAAUAUGGGAUUUUUUCAGUCCUACAAGGGAUAUGUGGAGAAUAGUAACAUACGGAUUAGUACGAAAUUGUAUCGAAAGUGUUGUCACUCCAUCUAAGUUUUCUCAUUUAUGGUUUAGCAAGGCACUUGAAUUCCAAAUCAGUUACAAUAUCCUUAAAAAGCAUUAUAACACGGAAUGGAUCACACAUCUUUAUGUAGUGCAAGUUUUACUGCCUGCUUUGCAUAACGACAUUGUUUUCAAUGUGCCACCUAUUGAACAUAAAUAUGAUCUCAUUUACUCUUCUUUAAUUUAUAGAAAAGCAUUCGCUAUAAUUUUUAUGUUGGAGAAAAUCGUUAAAGAGGAUGCAUUCCAGCAAGCCGUUGCCGAGUAUAUAAACAAAUAUGCAUACAUCUACGCCACGCCAACCAAUUUCUUCGAUAUUCUGAAUACAGUAAUAUUACGAUUAACAAACAAACACCCAAAUAACAUAACGGACUUAAUGACCGGCUGGUUGUCGUACAAAGGGUACCCUACAUUGCUAGUUAAACGAUAUUAUAAUAAUAGGACGAUAAUACUUUCAUAUGAUAACAUGAAAAACAACCUAAAUAAACAUAAAGACUGGGUGAUUCCUGUGACUUACAUUACGCAGGAAAUUGAUAGUGAUUAUAACACUCUUGUAUUGUGGUCAGGUAAUAAAUCGUCGCAGUACUAUGAUUCUAUAACAUUUCCUGUGAUUGAUAACAAUGAUUGGAUUUUAUUAAACGAAUACGGCUACUAUCGUGUGAAUUAUGAUAAUGAUAAUUGGCUGAAAAUCGCAAAUUACCUAAAUCACAACUUGUAUUGGAAAAUAAGUCCUGUGACUCGUGCUCGGAUCAUCGAUGAUGCGUAUCACUUUGUUAUUGAGAAAAGAAUGAAGGCGACGACUUAUUUCGCCUUGAUUACAUAUUUAAAAAGAGAGACUCAUUUUAUAGUGUGGCAUGCAGUGAUGAAUACCCUGACUUAUAUGUCGCCUUUCUUUAAAUUCCGUGAAAGUAAUAAUUUUACGGACUUGAUGUUGUUUAACAUGAAUAACGUUCUGAUGAACAUCGACUGCACAAAAGAUGAUGAAGAGAGCAUGCUGAAAUUUCUGCGAUUAUUACUCCUCAAAUGGACCUGUAAACACGGUGAUCAGAUGUGCAGGCAGAUAGCCAACUUUAAACUAAUCGUACAACUUGACGAACCAAAGAAACAUGAGAAGUACUGGAUGGAUUGGUUGUUAUGUGCGGGUUUGAUGAACACGCGCAACGACACUUGGGAGAAAAUAAAGCAAAAUAUCGCAUACAAAGACGAUAUGGAAAAUAUAAAAUAUCUGGCUUGUAAUGAAAACGAUGACAUGAUCGUAGAGCUUUUAAAGUCGAUUAUCUUCAAGCCUGACAAUAAAUGGCCACAACUGUCAUAUAUACAGCUGAAAAAAUUAUACGACGCCAUUAUAAAGAAGCAUGCAAACAAGAAUAAAGUGCUUAAUUUUCUUUUGGAAAACUUCGAUUCUAUAUUUCCAAGUUAUAUGACUAAAACCGAGAAAAUAAAUAAUAUUAUAGUGAUACAAAAUUCAAAGUGCUACAUUAAGAAGAUAUCGAAUUACGUAAAAAAUAAUCUCAGGGACGAGGAACGAACUAUAGUUACAAGUAUUUUAAUAAAGCAAUUGGUUCGGAUAGAGAAACAAAGAAACACAUUCAUGCACAUUUUUACGCAAAAUGUAAAUACAGAGAGAUGUUAAGCGGACCUAAUAAUUGUAUGCGUGUUCUUAUUUAUACCAAUAAAUUUUAUUGUUGAUUUUGAAA